AUGUCAAAUAGCACAAAAUUUGAUACUAAUACUGUUAUCCACAUAUUCGCAAUACCGAUAGCACUGCUCGGACUACUAGCAUAUGCAAUAUCGCUUUAUCUAAUUCAUAAGUCGGAACGGUACCACAAUGUAUUUGGAAUUUUAUGUACUGCUUAUGUCUCAUUUCAUAUACAAACUGUCAGUGUCUUAUUCAUUUGGACAAUUGUCAGAAUUAUUGUACACGCAGGACUAAAGCCAUUUCCAUGGACGACUUUCAUUCGAAUAUUUUCUCCUAUUGCAAAUUCAACGUUGUACGCAGCCAUUUGGAUUCAAUUCGUUUUGGCCAUUAAUCGACUUUGGGCCAUUUCAUAUCCAAUGACAUACCAUCGCAUCUUUAGUCGAAAAAAUGCUCGAUUGGCAGUGGUGUUCCUUUGGUCAUUCAGUAUGCUAAUCAUGGUGCUUUAUUACAACGUUGAAUGCGUCCGUUACUUCGAAUCAGAUAUUUAUUCAUGGUCAACGCUAUACGGACCAUGUAAUCACUCUUUCUUCAUUUAUUUUUCUAUACUCUUAUCUGAUGGUAUCAUCCUUAUCACUGUUAUGGUCGAUGCAAUUGCUUUUUAUCGCAUAGUUGCUUAUAUAAAAACUUGUAUCACUACUGGCAUACAUGCAUUUCUUAUAGCGAUUUUCCGUAUUGAUGGACCUUUUAUAGCACGUGUGACUAAAGUAACAUAUAUGUGGCUUGCAAUGAGUACAUUAGAUAGUUUCACAUUCAUAUUCUUCAAUCGCAAUUUGUUGAUGAAUCGAAACGUAGUGAAUGUAUGUACAACUGCAAAUAAGUGA